GCCUGCGUGGUGAUGUCAUGCAGCAGAGUGGUGCUGAAGCUGAGCUGCAGAGCUUCAGAGAGCAGAGACGACCAGCAUCACUGCAGGGAACAGACUCUACCUCACCACAGUGUCUUUGACAGGAAACAGCAGCAGAAUGACUCUAGCAGCGUACAGGGAGAAGAUGAGAGAGCUCCCUCUGGUGUCUCUCUUCUGCUCAUGCAUCCUCCCCCGAAUCAGAGACCCCCUCGCCGACAAGAAGGAAGCGGGCGUGGUCGACUUGAACCUGUGCAACAUCCGGGACAUGGAGGUGAUCGAGCUGAGCAAGCGGACGAGCGGCCAGGCCUUCGAGGUCAUCCUGAGGCCGCCCACCUUCGACGGCGGCCCCGAGCUGAGGGCCACAACGCCGCCUCGCCAGAAACCCUCGCUGGAGGAGAUCCAGAAGAAACUGGACGCCGCCCAGGAGAGGAGGAAGUGUCACGAGGCAGAGCUGCUGAAGCACCUGGCCGAGAGGAGGGAGCACGAGCGUGAAGUCGCUCAGAAAGCUCUGACCAAAGAGCGUCAGGAGCACCGGGCCGACGCCUUCAAGGAGCAGCGGCAGAUGCACCUGAACGCAUCGCAGGAGCGACUGCAGGAGGAGGACAAGCACAGUGUGGAGGUGUCUUGACGGCCUGAUCACAACACAAGCUGAAAUCAAUUUGGAAGCCAUUUCCGAGGGCGGAUGAUCUGAGGACUGAUGAGCCGGCAACCCGGCGCUGCUCCAACCGGGAGUCCGACCAGGAAGACACUCAAAUAAAGAGAGUCAGAGAAGAAGGAAAAAGAGGAGGAGGACUGAGAGCCGGACCUCCUCUGUACAACCAGGACUCUUCUUAACGAGAUAGACUCUUUAUAACGAGAAUCGCUUCUCAAGGACGCUGCAUCUUCAUCAUUAGAUGGCUUUCACUGUGCCGACGGUGCCAAUGUGUUCAUGUGUGAUUGUGUACGUACCAAGGAAUAUUCGGAAAAGGAAAUUGGACCGUGACCCGAAGGAAAUGUCACUGAAAAAGGAACUGAGUCCAGAAAAGAGCCGAGAGGAUUGGAUAUGGUGGAAUCUGCUAUCUGGAUGUACUACUAAUCUGAGUCUAACAGCUCCAUCUGCUGCAGAGUCUAGAUACUUACAGUUAUUGUAAAACAGAAGCAUAACAGCAGAGUUGUAAGGGGCUCUGCAGUGAUAUCUAGUGGCAGAUAAAGGAACUUAAAAUUAGUCAAGGCCGUGUUCAAACACAGGCCGGAGAAAGCAAAUACCAAUACUUGACUUCGAUUAGACCAAAGACUGACUGAUACUCAGAGGUCAAAAAGAUGGCAAGGAUGAGGGAAAAGACCGUGAAACCACGAACCCAACUCAGAUCAAUGUGGAUCAAAACACUCCCUGAGACAAGUGUGAGUCGGAGAGAUCAUUAGAGUCCGGUUAAAAACACCCCAUAAAAGUCAGAGGAGUUACAACGCUUACAAAAUCCAGGCAUGAAACAGAGACAAGUGAAAGUGAAAAUAUCGAUUAUACCCAGAGGAGUCUCACAGGGCAGCCUGGUCUCCUACAAAUCACGUUCCUAUACAACAAAACAGCACUGUCAAUUAUCUUUGAACCAGAGUCCGUAUAAUGACCAAACCCAAACACAACUUUGACCCGUGCCAUGGUAACCAAAAUGUGACCAUAAUAGGAGACGUUGUAGGAGACCCAGGUUGGGCCGUGACGAGUCCCAGACGAGUGAUUAAUUACACACAAAAAACAAGAUUAGACCCGAGUAUCGAUCUCCUUUCACACCACCAACGCUUUGCUUUAUUUUCAAAUGAAUUAUUAUAUUAUAUUUCUGAAUAUCAAGACCCUGUAUUAAAAUAAGCAUGCUAACAUCGAUGCUACCAUUUGAUGCUACAUGUCAACCCCCUACUGGUAUCAGAUAACUGUCAAGUGUUUACAGCGUGUGUGUGUGUGUGUGUGUGUGUGUGUGUGUGUGUGUGUGUGUGUGUGUGUGUUUCACUGGCUAUGUUGGAGUAAUGAUGAUGAUGAUGAUGACGACGAUGAUAAAUAUUGUACAGAAAUCACAUUAUAUUUUAAAUCCAGGAAUAAAUCGAUGACUCUUUA